UAACUUGUAUGUUUUUAAUCUCCGUACUGGUUUGGUUUUUGUUUUUGGGCAAUUAUUUCUUACAGCCUGUUUCUUUCUUGCAUUGCAACUGAAAGAGAUAGAAAUUUUGGUCAACUGGGUCUUUUUAUGCUUUGAUUUUGGUUCAGUAUUUUACUGCAUCAUAUAGUAUUUGAAGAGUGUGAAUGUGAUAGAUACAAGCUUGGUCUUUUUGUGUUUUGGUUUAUGGCUUUUGCUUUUUUAUCCAUGCCAUCUUUUUGAGUUCCCUUUUACCGGUGUUUAUGAUAUUAUAUAUACGUCUUUAACUUUUUUUUUUUCUGGUGUCCUUUUCAUUUUUGUCAAAUAUACUGACAAACAAUUGGUCAAACGUGUUGCUGGGAAAAUUAGGGUUUUUCAUAUUUGUCGGUGUUUCUAUGCGUUUUUAGAGAUUUUCCUAGGCUAAGUUUAUGUAGAGAGAUAGAAAGAAGCUGUGAACUCUUUGAUCAUUAUAAGAUAAAAAGUGGUAUUUCUUGUCCUGUUCCUACACUGUUUCUCCACUGUUUUUCUCUUUCUUGAACUGACUUUCUUGAGAGAGAAAAAUAAGAGUCUUCGAGAGAGGAGGCGGGGAGAGAGAGGUUGGGUUCAGUCAUGCAUGGUCUUUUUCAUUCUGUCUUUGUUGAGAUGAAAUUGUUAAAAAGGUUUUAGACUUUUAGCUCAAUCUGGGUGUUGUUUGUAAAGUCAAACUUUAUGGACAAGAAAGAGAAACGAAAUUGAAGCAUAACCUUGUGAAAGUGAUAGUGGCCAUUUCCAAGAGCCUAGAAAUACAAAUGAAAUGAAAAAAAUAGAGGAAGUGAGAUAAAAAAAAGAAUUGUUUUUGGUUUUCCUAUUUUAAUGAGUUUUCGGGGUUUAAUCAAGAGUAGUAGCAGCAGCGAGAGUGGUUGUGUGGGUGCAAGGAUUGUUGUGGCUGAUAUUGUUCCACACAGGAACAUGCUAAGUGGUGCCAUUGUUGAGCCACCUCUUCUCACCCAACAUAUUCCCAAAUCUAUGCAAAGCUCUCCUUCCCUCUCUCUAUACUAUAAAAGAAUGGACGGUCAUGGUGAGAUGGGGCUGAUUAGAGAAAACUUUGAUCCGGGUUUAGUAGGGAUGAUGAAGGAGGAUGGAUAUGAGAGUAGGUCUGGAAGUGAUAAUUUUGAAGGUGCAUCCGGUGAUGAUCAGGAUGCAUCUGCUGAUGGACCGCCUAAGAAGAAGAAGUACCACAGGCACACUCCACAUCAAAUACAAGAGCUUGAAUCCUUCUUCAAAGAGUGUCCUCACCCUGAUGAAAAACAAAGAAUGGAGCUUAGCAGGAGGCUAGGAUUAGAGAACAAGCAAAUAAAAUUUUGGUUUCAAAACAGGAGAACCCAAAUGAAGACCCAAUUGGAACGCCACGAAAAUUUAAUUCUUAGACAAGAAAAUGAUAAACUCCUAGCCGAGAAUGAUUUUUUGAAGCAGGCCAUGACUAGCCCGAUAUGCAACAGUUGUGGUGGUCCAGCAGUGCCCGGUGAAGUAUCUUAUGAACAACACCAACUUAGGAUUGAGAAUGCUCGACUAAAAGACGAACUCAGCCGGGUAUGUGCUUUAACAAACAAGUUCUUGGGCAGGCCUUUCUCGUCCUCGGCCAGUCCUAUUCCUUCCCAGGGCUUAAACUCCAAUUUGGAGCUUGCAGUAGGAAGAAAUGGUUUUGGUGGCUUGAACAAUGCAGGCACUACAUUACCAAUGGGAUUUGACUUUGGUGAUGGGGCUAUGGUGCCGUUAAUGAAACCUAUGGCCAAUGAGAUGCCAUAUGACAGGUCAGCCUUUGCAGGUGUUGCUUUGGCAGCUAUGGAUGAAUUAAUUAAGAUGGCGCAGAUGGGUGAUCCUCUUUGGUUCAAAGGCUUGGAUGGUGGGAUGGAAACCUUGAAUUUCGAGGAGUACAGUAGGACUUUCUCCUCUUGCAUUGGCAUGAAACCUAGUGGCUACACAACUGAGGCUACAAGGGAAACUGGCCUGGUUUUCCUUCACAGCUUGGCUCUUGUAGAGACGUUAAUGGAUGCAAAUCGUUGGGCAGAAAUGUUUCCCUGCAUGAUUUCUAGAGCAGCAAUCAUUGAUGUGAUAUCCAGUGGUAAAGGUGUAACCAGAGACAACACAUUGCAAGUGAUGGAUGCUGAAUUUCAAGUGCUUUCACCUUUGGUUCCUGUCCGUCAAGUGAGAUUCAUCAGGUUCUGCAAGCAGCAAUCGGAGGGUGUGUGGGCUGUGGUUGAUGUUUCUAUUGAUGCUAGCCAAGAUGCUGCAAAUAUACAGAUGUUUCCAAACUGCAGGAGGCUUCCUUCUGGAUGUGUUAUCCAAGAUAUGGACAAUAAGUACUCCAAGGUUACGUGGGUUGAACACUCAGAAUAUGAUGACAGUGCUGUUCACUAUCUCUUGCGGCCAUUACUCAGUUCUGGUUUUGGCUUUGGUGCACACAGGUGGGUUGCCACUCUCCAAAGGCAAUCUGAUUGCUUGGCAGUACUAAUGUCUCCUAACAUCCCUGGUGAAGAUAAUACAGGAAUAACUCCAGCUGGGAGGAAAAGCAUGAUAAAGCUUGCACAACGCAUGACAAAUAACUUCUGCUCUGGAGUUUGUGCUUCAAGCAUGCAUAAAUGGGACAAGCUUAGUGUUGGUAAUGUGGGUGAAGAUGUAAGGGUGAUGACCCGGAAGAAUAUAAAUGACCCUGGUGAGCCUCGAGGGGUUGUGUUGAGUGCUUCUACUUCUGUUUGGAUGCUGAUAAAUCAGAAAAGUCUGUUUGAUUUCUUGCGGGAUGAACAGAUGCGGAGCCAGUGGGACAUUUUGUCCAAUGGUGGGCCAAUGCAGGAGAUGGUCAAAGUUGCCAAGGGCCGGGGACAUGGCAACUAUGUCUCUCUCCUUCGUGGCAGUGCCAUUAAUGCAAAUGAGAACAACAUGCUAAUUUUACAAGAAACAUGGAGUGAUGUCUCUGGUGCAUUGGUAGUGUAUGCACCCAUUGACAUAUCUUCAAUGAGUGUGGUGAUGAAUGGUGGUGAUUCAACAUAUGUGGCACUCUUACCGUCAGGAUUUGCCAUUCUUCCUUGUAUUUCACCUAAUAAUCAUGUUGGGCAAAGCAACUCUAAUGGACCUUUGGUGAAACCUGACAUUGAUGGGAGUAUAAGUGGUGGAUGCCUACUUACAGUUGGAUUUCAGAUUUUGGUAAAUAGCGCUCCUACAGCUAAGCUAACAAUGGAGUCAGUUGAAACUGUUAACAAUCUCAUCUCCUGCACAAUUCAGAAAAUCAAAGCUGCCCUUGCAGUAACAUAACUGGAGCUGAGUAAGGUGCUGCGUAGUUAAUUUACAUUUAUAUUUUUGUGCUUUUGUGAACGGAAAAGCAGAAAAAAAAAAAAAAAGAUGUGGAAAGUACAGGAGAUAAUUAGAUAUAGAAUGGAAGUGAAAUGGAGCUUGAGAUGAUAGUUCGUGUAAAUGAGGUUUCAAGUCAAGUACGAACCAGUUGUGGAGAAUUUUUGUUCUGCCGUGAAUCCUAACAGCAUGCUACUUGCUUCAUACUUGAAACAUUUGGGCAGGGGAUUAUGGUUCGGGCAUUGACUUGGUCGACCUUUGAGAUGCUUAGCUCUGAAUUCUCAGAUGGUAAACCUGUUUUGUUAAUUAGUCAAAGUUAUAGAGAAACACAAGGUAGACAUUGCAAGACUGGUCUUGGUUUUUAUGUUUUGAAUUUAAUCAAAAUCUUGGGCCAGCUGUCCUUUACUUGUUUACAGUUUGGUUUUAAUUAUUUUAUUAUGUGAAUUAACCUUGGAAUCUUCCGCACCGGGUCCUAACCCCUGCUUUCGUUGUUGGCUUUUCUCUAGGUUUUAUGUGGUGCAUGUAUAAUCUCUAUCUCCCUUGUUUAAAUGCUAUGUUUAAUUUAGAUUUCUGAGUUGGUGUGGAGCUGAAAAUGUAGCAUUUCUUCAACUCCCAAGUGUUUUUUGUGAAACCAACUUUUAUGUUUUUCCGUAAAACCAGCCCCAAGAAAAUAAAAUAAAGACUUUGUUUUUAAUAAAAACUAGUUUUGCUAAAAGAUUCCUGUGAUGGUGGCGGCAAUAAAGGCAUUGCUCAUAUUAAGAUCCUUGUGGUAGUUUGGCACAUUUGCCCCUUUAGGAAUAUGGUAAAUGGAAGGAGCUUUGGCUGCAUUGCUGAAUGCUGAUAAGGACUGGGAAAUUACGUUGUAACAUCUGCAAAAUAUCUUGAUUUUUAAGUGAAGAACGAAGAAUUAUUACUGGUUUACAUUUUUAUUGAGCAAACUUCACUUGGGGUAUCAUGGAAACAGAAUCAAACAUCUUUUUUUCUUCCAAGUCCCAGGAUUUAGAUCCAAAAUGACCCAUAUAUAAACUAGGGGUAGAGCCACAAUUAACUAGCCUUAGCUCGGUGCUCUUUCCCAGCCCACAGUCAAGCAACCCUUUUUUGGAUCGGACCCCGCUGAGUCCAUAUAACAUUGCCUGUUGCCAGUUGGUUAAGGCGCCAUCUGCAUAGUCCUCCAUGUUUCCCGGCCCCAGCUUCAAACACUUUUUCCGUUACACGGAUGACAGAACUCGUCCCUUGCGUUUGCAAGUUUCCAAUCCUCCGCCACUCCAAUCCAAAACCUUAAACCCCGAUAAAAU